AUUUCCGCAGAGGAAACGACCUAUACGUUUCAUAAUUUGAAAAGUUAAAUUUUUUUUUUUGGUGCAAAUUAAAAUUCGACAACGAAAAGAGAGAAUUAAAAUUAUUCCUAAAGAAAAACAGAGAGGUUAAAAACCAAAAACCAAAGCAGUCAGGUUGGAUAAAAAGUAAGCAACUUGGGUACUCGCGCUUCAUGUUUUCUAUAGAUAGAUGCUCCGUCCCCGCCCCCGCCCAGGUGCUCGCGCUUUUCUUGUACAUACAUUUACGCUUAUCGUAUCAAAAUCCACACACAACUUGGCCACUGGGGAACAGACUUACUCCGGUUUCUUGCGUUCAUGUGCCCAGACCUCUAACUUACCCCAUGGCAGAGCACUCCAUGCUAAACUCAUCCGAGGCCUUCUGCCCUUCUCUCCUUUUCUUCAAAACCAUCUACUCAACGUGUACGCAAAAUGCGGUGAUCUUAUUAAUGCUCUCCAACUGUUUGAUGAAAUGCCUCACAAGAAUGUUGUGUCGUGGUCUGCGGUCAUUACGGGCUUUGUCCAACAUGACUCUCCUAAGAAAGCCCUGUCUCUGUUUGGUCGUAUGCACCGGGACGGCACCACCAAGCCCAAUGAGUUUACCUUGGUUAGCGCCCUCCACGCCUGUUCCUUGUAUGGGAACCUGACUCAAGCUUACCAAGUCUUUGCAUUCAUCGUUAGGCUAGGAUUUGAGUGGAAUGUUUUUCUCAGUAAUGCGUUUUUGACUGUUUUAGUAAGACAUGGGGAAUUAAAAAAUGCUUUGGAAGUUUUUGAGAAUUGCCCCAAUAAAGAUAUAGUGUCUUGGAAUGCUGUGAUGGCUGGCUACUUGCAGUAUUCUUAUUUGGAAAUACCGAUAUUCUGGUGUCGCAUGAAUCUCGAGGGAGUGAAACCCGACAGCUACACAUUUUCGAGUGUUCUCACUGGGUUGGCUGCUCUCACUGAUCUUAAAAUGGGCGAGCAAGUUCAUGCACAGCUUGUCAGGUAUGGCUAUGGGGCUGAGAUUUGCGUGGGGAAUUCGUUGGCUGAUAUGUACAUUAAGAAUCAGAAGUUAAUGGAGGGCUUCAAAGCCUUUGAUGAAAUGCCUUCAAAAGAUGUGUGCUCAUGGACCCAAAUGGCUGCUGGGUGUCUUCAAUGUGGGGAGCCAAGGAAAGCGCUUGAGGUUAUUGAUCAAAUGAAGAAAGUGGGUAUAAUGCCUAACAAGUUCACGCUUGCAACUGCCCUGAAUGCCUGUGCCAAUUUGGCUUCCUUGGAUGAAGGGCAGAAAUUCCAUGGCUUGAGAAUUAAACUUGAAACCAGUACUGAUGUUGAUGUGUGCGUGGAUAAUGCUCUGCUAGACAUGUAUGCAAAAUGUGGAUGGAUGGAGGGUGCAAGGAGUGUUUUUCAGUCCAUGAAGGAUCCGUCUGUGGUGUCAUGGACCACAAUGAUCAUGGGGUGCGCACAAAACGGGCAAGCUAGGGAAGCUCUUGAGAUUUUUGAUAAGAUGAGGCUGGAGGAAGCCGGUAUUGAGCCAAAUUACAUCACCUUCAUAUGUGUACUCUACGCAUGUAGCCAGGGCAGGUUUAUUGAUGAAGGAUGGAAGUAUUUUGCCUCCAUGACUCAGGACCACGGAAUCUCCCCAGGAGAAGACCAUUAUGCAUGCAUGGUGAAUCUUCUAGGCCGAGCAGGAUGCAUUAAGGAAGCUGAGGAAUUAAUCCUGAGCAUGCCCUUUAAGCCGGGUGUUCUGGUUUGGCAAACUCUUCUUGGUGCUUGCCAGAUUCAUGAUGAUACAGAAACUGGAAAGCGGGCGGCAGAGCAUGCAUUAGAUAUAAACAGAAGGGAUCCAUCGACGUAUGUGCUACUGUCAAACAUUUUUGCUGGAUUGAGCAAUUGGGAUGACGUUGGGAUGCUUAGGAAACUAAUGGAGGUUAGGGAUGUGCAGAAAGUGCCAGGAUCCAGUUGGAUUGAAGUGGAAAAAGGCCAGGCAUCAUCACCUCUGUAAAGACCUGCUUAAUUUCAUUGGUACCUGCUUCCAUAUUCUCACCCACUUACUAUUAUUCAAACGAUAAAAUCUUAGACAAGUAGAAAUUGACCUCUCUUCCUUCUCCUUGGAAUUCCUACAUGCUGUUUAAUUGGGUGGAAUUCGUUGGUUUCUCCUUGAGAGCUAGUAGUCCAGUAUUUUAUUGUUCCACGGCUGUGGCCCGUGGGGAGGUAAUG